UACCGGAAACAAGCACAUCUCAUAUGUUUCACAACCUGCACAAAUUCAGCCAGCCAUCUUUUGUGAAAAAUCAUUUGUUUCGUGUCGUCAGGGUAAAUUUCAUAUUUGUAAUUAAUGUCAGAGCCACAGUCUUCGCUUUUAUUAAAAAAGCAAUUAGCAGAACUGAACAAAAAUCCAGUAGAAGGAUUUUCUGCUGGCUUAAUAGAUGACAAUGACAUAUACAGAUGGGAGGUUCUUAUUAUCGGUCCUCCUGAUACAUUGUAUGAGGGUGGAUUUUUUAAAGCACACUUGCAUUUUCCAAAGGAGUAUCCUUUAAGACCACCAAGAAUGAAAUUUGUUACUGAGAUAUGGCAUCCAAACAUUGAGAAGAAUGGCGAUGUCUGCAUAUCAAUAUUGCAUGAACCGGGAGAUGACAAGUGGGGUUAUGAGAAGGCGUCAGAAAGAUGGCUGCCAGUUCACACUGUUGAAACUAUCCUCAUAAGUGUAAUAUCGAUGCUUGCUGAUCCCAAUGACGAGAGUCCUGCCAAUGUUGAUGCUGCUAAAGAAUGGAGGGAGAGGUAUUCGGAUUUCAAAAAGAAAGUUGCCAGAUGUGUUAGGAAAAGUCAAGAAGAUUGUUUUUAGGCGUGGGGCUAUUUUACAGAGGAGUGUUGUGUUGGAAAAGGGCCAUCUGACACUAUUCAAACAAGACAUAAUUAAUUUUUCUUUAGGUUGCACACACUAGCUGAUGCUAUAAACCAUGCCAUGCAUAGUAGUAGCUGUGAGUUCAUUCUCUUUCUUUUUACAGAAGGAAUGGAGAGAAUCAUAUUCGGAGUUUAAAAGAAAAGUAGCACAGUGUGUGAGAAAGAGUCAAGAGGAUUGUUCUUAAAUAUCAGUGCCCUUUUUCAUUUAUUUAUUUGGAUAGUGAGUGUUUGGUGAAAUAGUUUGACAUCUUGCUACUGCAAGAUCUUCUCACCAUGACCUGUAUGUGUACGCCCACCCAUCUGGGCCAGAGACAUUAUUAAAAUUGAUUUUAAAUAUCUAACUUGUAAUAAAAUUGUAUUGCUGCAGUAUUUUAUGAAAACUAAAUAAAAAGUAGAACUUGGACGUCUUCUUCAUCUUUUCUAAGACAUUUUAAUCGCUAUUGUUACAAUAACAAAAUGGUGUAUGAUCUUCUUUUCUGCAUACAACAAAUCUGCAUUUGUUCUUUGGUCGGUGAUCUCUAUCACCAGACCGAAUCUAUAAAAUAUAAUCGAUGUAAACUAUUAUUUAGAAUUGUGUAUCAUAGACAUGGCUGCAUAUGAAUGGUAAAAAACAUUUUUGUAUAUGUAUAAAUUUUAGUUACCAAUCUAUUGCAAUGAAUCAUUGAAUGUGAAUUAAGAUUUUGUGACGAUUUUAACCACAAUGUCUUUCUGUAAUGCAAUGUUAGUAAUAAUGAAAAACUGAAUAACUUCAAUGAAUAAAUGCAAGUUUCGUAACAA